AUGGUGAUAUCCUUGUUCACUAGUUCUCUCUCUCCUGAGAUUGCUGAGAGCGUUCAAUACUCUGAGUCUGCUGAGUGUAUUUGGAAGCAACUCGAAAUCAGAUAUGGUACUGUUAAUGGGGCCAAAAUAUUUGAGAUUAAGAAAGAAUUAGCUUCCACUUGUCUGGGAUCUUUGGAUAUUGCAUCCUAUUUUAAUAAAUUGAAGAGGCUGUGGGAUGAAUUGGCCUUCAAGCGCCAGCAUUCUGUAAAUCCUUGUAAUUGUCCCUUGCAAAAGGAAUUGGAGGAGGACAAGUUAUAUCAAUUUUUAAUGGGACUUAAUGAAAUAUAUGUCAGUGUUAGGAGCAAUCUUUUUAUGAGACAACUACUUCCUUUUCUUGAUAUUGCCUACCAAUAUAUUGCUCCAAGAUGA